AUGGACCUUCAUUUGCAUUUAACUGUUGCAUCACGUGCAUUGGAUCGUAAAUGGGGAAAACCGAUCGACUUGGAUACGCCUGAAGAGAUAACUACUUGUAUUCCUGCAGUAGUGGACAACCCUACAACGACAUUUUCUUCCGAAGAGUAUCUGAAGAGUAUUAAAAGAAAUAGGCCAAAACCCUAUUCACGAAUCGAUGUGCGAAGACGAAGCAAAGCUAAUGUGAAGCUGUGCGAUUCCUUUUCAAAUAUAUCUGUUGCGAGAGUGCCUUCUACGAGCGAUUUCCGAAGCUUGGACAACACAUUGGAUUCUGGAUUUGUAAGAAGUUCCUUUGAUAUAAGUGAAAUAACAGUCACAAACGAUUUAGCUUUUGAUAUUGAAAGAACUGAAAAUGAAACGUUCGAAGAAGUAAUAUCAGAUACUAACUCAUCGACGAAAAUGUUACAGUAUAUAAAAAGGAAGGUUUUUAAAACGUUUAAGGUUUCAAGUUCGUUAACUGUAAAUAAUAAACUAGUACGAAUAUGA